AAAGGGGACGACCACUCACCUUCCCCGUCAUUUAAGAUGAUACACCACACUUCGGAGGGACGGUCACCGUUGAUACCACCUAGAAGGGCAGUCGACGGUUGAAGAACGCCGCGUUUGACUACAUAUCGCGAUACCACAAUAAAGACAUUCCUUUUUUGCCGAGGGAAUUCCGCAGCUUUUGUUAACAUGAAUUUCUCACGCCCAGGGUAGUCCGGGUCCACGAAUGAGUUUGGUCUAUGGUUAAUGUUGCCUUUAUGGUUAAUUGCGACGAGAGAGACUAUUACCCAGAAAGCUUUCCUACAGAAGACUUGAGAGCAAAAUGGGAAUCCACUCAGACUUUCGCUGACUUUCUCAGGAAUGUAUUCCAGCAGCAGACAGGUUCCAAGAUAACCUUAUAUGCAGAUGAGAACAAAUCUCUCAAGGCAUGGAAGCUUUCCAAGAGAUAUGGUAUUAAGAUCAGGGACACAAAUAACUUGCUGGAACACCUGUUGUAUAACCCGAGGGAACGGUCUCUCCUAUUCUUUCACCAAGAAGACCCUCCCACCACAACUUCUUCUCGAGACUCUGCUAUCGGUGCAUUCAAUCCUUUUCCCGAUAGCCAAUUACGGAAGCAAGCGAUCCAUCUCCCUUCUCAAGAAAUACCUCCGAGACCAGAACCUUGAUAGCGAGCUUCUCUAGGUUGAGUCUAUACGGCCUAUCCCCCCUAAUUUCGUGUUUAAGUACUGGGGGAGGCGGCUAGAGAAGCUUCAACAACUCACA